AUGCUUGAGAAAGACGAAAUAUAUGAUAAUUCUUCAUUAUUUGAAAACCCAAAUAUAAAAUUAAGCUUUAUAAGGAAAGUUUAUUCAAUAUUAUUUUACUAGUUAUUUUUAACAGCUUUAAUGGUUUAUGCAUCUAUGGUAUAUCCUGAAUACGCAGCUUUUUAAAUGUAAAAUUAUGUAUUGUUUAUAUUUUAGUCAUUUAUCUCAGUAUCGAUAUUAAUAGCAAUAUUUUGUAAUAAUGAUAUAGCAAGAUAAGUUCCUUUAAAUUAUUUCUUAUUAUUAAUAUUUACAUUAUCUUAAGGAUAUAUAGUUAGAAGAUGGCAAAUAAAUGUUAAAAUAAAUUAAAAAUUUUUCUGCAUAUAAAAUAAUAUUAUAUUUUUAAAAAGAGUAAUUAUGGCAGGAUUAAAUACAUUAGCAAUCGUUUUUUUAUUGACUAUUUAUGCUUAUUAUUCAAAAACAGAUUAUACUGUUUGCGGUGCUACUUUAUUUAUGCUUGUUUCUGUUUGUUUUUUUUGUUCUUGGAUUGUUUACUUUUAUGAUUAUGAGUCUUAUAAUAUACUAAUUGUUGUUAUAUCAGCUAUGAUUUACGGGUACUAUAUAAUUUAUGACACUUAGUUAAUAAUGAAAAAUAACAUUUAUUGUCUUAAAAUUGAUGAUUAUAUUCUUGGUACUAUUAUAUUAUAUAUAGAUAUAAUACGAUUAUUCUUAAGAAUUUUAAAACUUUUAGCUUUUACUAAAAAAAGAUGA